AUGAGUUUGGGGACAGCUUCUAUGAAGUCACCAUAGAGGAUGCCAAGUACCUUCUGGCCGACUACAAGAGGCAGAGGGACGCUUUGGAGAACCGUCCCCUGGAGACACAGCAGCUGCGCGAGCAGCGGCAGGAGCGCCUCGCAAAGCACUACCCCGUCGUCCUGAUCAGGAUCUACUUUCCAGACCGGUACGUGCUUCAAGGAACAUUCCUGGCAGAGGAACGAGUGGCCGACGUGUCACAGUUUGUCAGAGGCUUCCUCCGGGACAACACCAUGGACUUCAAUCUGUAUACGUCUCCCCCAAAACAGAUCCUGGAUCAAAGUAAAACACUAAUAGAGGCUAAUUUGGUUCCUGCGUCAGUGGUCCACUUUGGCGGUGCGGUGAAGCCGGGGGUACCGCUCCUCCGCGACGACAUCCUGGGCAUGGUCUCGACUCCGGGCGGGGCCACAGCAGCAGCUACGCGGCUCAGGUCAGAUCUCAAAGUAGACGUGCGUAGCCAGACUACUGCCACAGUGCCACGGCCACGGUCGCCAGGCAACCGUUCGUCCAGUCCCAAGACUCCGCCAGUGUCGCCCACAAGGCCGUCCGCAAAGUCGCCCCCAAAGUCGCCACCGAAAUCGCCGAGGGCACAGAAGUCAGCAGCAAAAAGUGGCAACAGGCCCAAGUGGUUUAUCAUGGGGAAGAAAUAGAAACUCCACUUGUGUCGAGCAGUGCAUCUUCCUAGCGAAGAAAGGGUGCUGCUGAAAUUGAAGUGUUAACUUCUCGCAUGUUUUUGUACAACUGCGCGCGUGCAUGAGUUCUUGGUGCUUUAACAGAUAUGAAUGCUAGAAUGAU